AAAGGAGUAGUUACUUUUGCUCUCYCUCCAAGCACUAAUAYAAGUGAACAUUACAGCCMCUGCUUCGAYGAGGCGAUAGACUUCCCUCUGGAGGACUUUGUACAGCCGAAUUACAACUGUCAAGGCUUUUCCAGCUGUCAGAAGAAUUUUGGUAGAACAUCUUGCCAGGAWUAUCAAAGAAGAUCCAAAUCUUACUCAGUACCCCCAGCUUUGGAUAAAACUUUUGAAGAAAAUAAACAUCUUCAGGAGAAGUUGGAUGUCCUUCAYGUGCAAAAUGCAUCUUUGACUUCUCAGAAUCACUACCUAAAGAACAGAGUGGAAACAAUGAAUUUGGAAUUGAUGCAGUCAAAAUCAAAAAUUUCGUAUCUUGAAUCUGCUUUAGAUACACAUUUAGUCAGCAUUCCGAAGUUGAAAGAACAGAUUGUAAACUUGGAAGCAGAAGUUUCAGCUCAAGAUAAAAUUCUGAAAGAUGCAGAAGAUAGACUAGAUCAAAAUCGGAAAACAGCAAUGGAAAGAGAAAACAUGUUGCAAAGAUAUCAGAAGGGCUAUAAAAAUCUGAAAAUGGAGUUAAUUGAACAAAGCAAGCAAGGAAAGAGAGCACAACAGCAAAGAAAUGAAGCUUUGUUGAAUGUGGAGGAGCUGACAAGAGCUUUUACAAAGUAUAAAGCAGAAAUMACUGAAAAAUUAGAAAUGGCUAAAGCUGAAGAAGUARUCUUGGGAGAACGUUUAAUUAAUUGUGAAAAAGAAAGAAAUAAGUUGAAUGAAAAGUGUAUCARCUACAGAAAGGAUCUACACAUCCUGGAAGAGCAGCUAAGGCAAUUAAAGGAAGAGAAUCACAACACAAAAGAAGAAAUAAAAACCCUAGAAGCAAAGAACACUGAAAUGACAUCAAUGYUGAGUCAAUCUGAUCAGAAGAUCGUCAAGCUUGAGACUGAACUUUCUGAAAAAGAAGUAGUACUUAAAGAGAAAAACGCUCUAAUUAGUGAAAAUGAAGAGCUGAGAGCACUUACUGCACAGCAACAUAACCAAUUGAAAUUAUGUCGUCAAGAAAUUGAGGAUUCAAGGSAAGAGCUGAACAUACUAGAAAUCAUUAUUUCUCAGUUGUCUUUAAGUACAUCUGAAGAGUUUAAAUGGCACCAUUUAAAACAGCAGCUACUGAGUUCYUCAACAAAAGAAGCUACCUCUGGAUCUUGUGAAUCAAGUAAACCUUUCAUUGCAGACCUAAGCAUUAAACUGUCAAUGAAAGAAGCAGAAAUUCAAAAGCCUUGUGCAAACUUAACUAUCUGUACUGGAGCUGAGCAUCUUUCUAACGGUAAUGAAGGACAAGGAAACAGCAGGUUAGGUGACCUGGAAACAGAGCCUGUCAAAUUGAUCAGAAAUCCAGGAGARGGGAGAAAAUGUCAACAGUUAGAACUUAUAAGCAGAAAAUUUGAAAAGGUGAGGCAAAAAUUKCAGAAAGAGAUAGAAGAGUUACGCACUAAACUGACAAAAGCAGAUGAUGAGAAUUCUGCUUUGAAGACCAGCAUGGCUCAAAGAACCAGUCAGUUUCAAAUCAUACAAGAAGACCUAUUGAAGAAGGCUUCAAAAACUAACAGCUUAGAGAGAGAAAUUAGAAAGAAAUCUUCUCAACUUUCUGCACUUGAGAAACAGCUGGAAGAAAAGGUUAUUGCUUAUUCCACUGCUGCAGAAAGAAAUGCUGAGUUGGAACAGGAACUMAUGGGAAAAAACAGGCGCAUUCAUGAGCUGGAAACAACUAUCAGUGAGGAGCAUGAGAAAAUAACUUACGCUCUUGAAAACGAAAAGUUGGUUCACCUUGAGCAGCGCAAAGAAAUGGAGAAACAGAUUGACCUGCUUCGGACACAGUUGGAGAAGGAACAUCAACAAUUUAUUGAACAAGAGAAAAUAAUAUCUGUUUUACAACAAGAGGUUAUACAUAAACAGCAUCACAUUGAAUCAUUGGAUGGUAUGCUAAUAGGAAGCAGAGAGGAAAUGGAAAAUCUAAAUGUCAAAAAAGAUCAAGGAUUGAAGAUGUUGGAAAAUCAGUUGACAGAAGAAAAAAUCAAGGUACGACAACUUGAGUCAGCACUAAAUGUUUGUAAGGAAGAAGUUGCACUGUAUUUGAGUCAGUCACAAGAAAAUAAAGAGGUGUUUGAAAAUCAGCUGAAAGAAAGGUCUGAAGAGCUUUGUUAUUUACAGAAAGAAAUAAAAAUAAAAGGUCAGAAUAUUCAGGACAUGAGUGAACAAAAUACUCUCCUGCAACAAUCUUUGUAUCAUCAGCAGCAAAUGUUACAGCAAGAAACUCUUAGAAAUGRAGAGCUGGAAGAUAAUCAAAUUAAACUUGAAAAACAGGUAUUCAAUUUGGAAAAAGAGCUUCAGAAGCAGAAAGCAUGUGCAAAAGAUGAGUUGAGAAAGGUGGAGGAGAAACUUCACCUAGCUGCUCAAGAAGCAGAUUUAAACAGACAGAAGGUGGAUGAACUUAACUGUACAAUCAGACAGAUUAAAUUGGAGCUGGAUCAGUGCAAGAAUGAGCUUACUGGCAUGGAARAAGAAAUAGUGCAAUUAAAACAAGAUGGUGAAAACAAAGCACUGCAGAUAAAUCAGUUGGAUAUCACUUUGGAAGAAGCAAGAUCAGAGCUUAAUAAAAAGGCAAAUGAGGUGAAUGAUUUAGAAGACAAGCUGCUUCAAACUGAGACUUGCCACAGGGAAGCCUUACAGAAAAUAGCAGAACUGGAGUCUGCAUUACAGAACGCCCGUGGAGAAUUAAAGAUCACUUUGCCACAGCUUCAGGAAUUGCAAGAUGCAUUACAGAAUGCACAGUCCUCUCUGGAGGAGAAGCACAUUGCUAUCGUGGAUCUAACAACUGAGCUCAGGUAUUGCAAGAGUGAAAUUGAAGACAAAAAGCAAGAACUCCUUGASAUGGACCAAGCACUGAAAGCAAGGAACUGGGAACUGAAACAAAGAGUAGCUCAGAUUGCACAAUUGGAUAUGACAGUUCGUGAACAUAAGGGAGAAAUGGAACAACAAAUAAUUCAAUUACAGUGCAAUUUAGAGAAGUCAGAGUUGGAAAUAAAGGAAUGCAAUAAACAGAUUGAGAGCUUAGAGAAGAAACUCCAGCAUUCUAAAGAWGAGCUUCGUGAAAAAGAGUUUGAAUUGCUCCAGAGAGAUCAGGAAAUAAAUCAGCUGAAGAAAAAAAGAAAAUGAAAGAAAAUAAUAUAGCCCAGAAGCUCUUGGAAAGGAGCAAGAAGUGUGAAGAAAUGACUGCUGCUCAUUGAACAAGCAGCAACCCAGGAAUGUGGUUACUGGCAUCAUAAAGGUGCAUUCAAAGAGGAAAUUUUAACAUUGUAUUUCUAACUAAGGAAUGUAGUUAUUUGUACUAAAGCAGAUGACAACCUUUUUAUUUUUCCUACUGUUAUUGGGAUAUUG